UAUAACGUACUGACCCAACACUGUGUCCGCUAUAACUGUACGCUUGCGCCCAAUUUGGAGAUUGACUGCUCGCCCCCACACGACCCCUACCGGUCCUGUCGUGCGAAGGGUCAGUGUGUUUGCGAUGAGGGCUACGCUGUUAAUAAGACUAAUGGUCAACAGUGUGUAAAAGGCAAUGGAGACACAGUAGCUACCGGUGCGGCCACACACAACUGGCACUGGGCGUGGAUUUUAGUGGUCAUACCCAUUAUACUGGGAGUGGUUAUAGCCGUCUGUCUCAGGCGUAAGCACCGGAUGUUGAAGGAGUCGGAUGUGGACCACAGGCGCCACCAGAGGGUUGUGUUCAGACCUACCGGUGCCGCCACUGCCACCACCACUGAGGCCGAGCGCAUAAGUGCCGCCCCUAUGUUAGAGCACCCACUGUUGUCGCCCCCGGAAGCCCCGCCCAGUUAU